UGUUCUUGUUGUCUUCACCCGGCAAGCUCAUCUUGGGAACGACGAAGAAGUGUUUUACGAAAUAUUGAAGAAAUUGUGCGUCGUGUCUGGCUAACUGUACAAAACUGGUUUCUCUAACAUACAACAAUGGCGGAAAAAUCGGAAACACUCGUUACGAAGGAGGAGCGUACCAAUGAGGCAAAAGAAUUGUUCGGCCGGGGAAGCCGUAAUUACUGCAUGAAACAAUACGCCGAAGCGGCCGAUGAUCUCAGCGCGUGCUGUGGCAUCUACUCCGAGCUGUAUGGGCCACUGGCGGACGAGUGCGGGCUGCCAUAUUUGCUGUAUGCAAAAUCGCUAAUUGCGUUGGGUAAAGAUGAGAACAAUCUGCUCGUCCCGGGCGACGACGAGGCCGAGGCGGAUGACGACGACGAAGAGGAGGUGGAAGGGGAGGAGGAGAGCGCUGACGGAGAGGAAAAUGAACAAGAAGAGGGUGAAGAGGGCGAUAAGGAUGAUGGUGAUGAUGCGGCGGCGAUGGACACAAAUGAAGCCUCGGAGAAGAGUGCCCCAAAAGAGGAGGAUAAAUCGGAGGCGGCAGCAGUUGCGAAGGAAAAUGGGGAUGCUGAGCAAGAAAACACGAAGCAAAAGGAAGAAACUGCAGCCGAGGGUCCAUCCUCCUCUACAAAGGAUGCCAAGGAUGAUGACCCACAGCCUGGACCGUCCACUUCGAAUGGGGCCAGCGGGGCCGGGCAGGAGGAAGUGGAAGACGCAGCAGGCAAUCUGCAGGUUGCGUGGGAAAUUCUGGAACUGGCUGUAAAGAUUUUUGAAGAGCAGGGUGAAAAGGCGUACGAAAAUCUUUCCGAGUGCUACUCCGAGUUGGCCGGAAUUUCCUUUGAAAACAGUCACUUCCAGGAGGCAAUCAAUGAUUACACAAAAGCCAUGGAAAUUUCUAAGAAAACAAACAAAUCCGAUCUUCGCAUGCUGGCCGAGGUGCACUAUAAGGUGGGCCUUUGCUAUUUGAUGAUAAACGAUUUCGAUUCGUCGGUAAAAUCGUUCCAUGGAGCCGUCGGUGAGCUGGACAAGGUGAUCGAGGAAGUAAAAGCAAAGGAACAAACCGACGAGACGAAGGAAACGAUCGAAGAGCUGGAAGAGACGAAGAAGGAAAUUUUGGAAAAGAUUGCAGAUGUUGAGGAUGCAAAGAAAACGUCCAUUGAGGAAGUAAAACGUGAGCUCUCUAAAAUUAUCGUCUCCGGUGAGGGAGAAUCAAGCAACGGGUUGAACAAUGGAGCCGGCACAUCCUCCUCGUCCUCGGCGGCCACCAAUGGUGCCAGUAAUGGUUCCGCCACCUCGACAGCAGCAACACCACCCAAACCAGCGAACGACAUUUCACAUCUCAUCAAGCGGAAAAAGCCGGACAGUGUUACUACCGAGGUGGAAGGAUCACCCGCUAAAAAGACGGCUUCGGAAACGGACAAUGUUGCCGCUGCUCACAACGCUAGUGCGUAAUGUUACACAACCCUUUUUAUGUUAUUAAUCGCCGGUGGUCGCAAAACAAAAAAAAAAAAGACUCAUUUGUAACUUUGUCACCGAUUGUCUAGUACUUAGAGCUUUGAAUUUCAAAACAUUGAUUUUAAUUUUUCGUUUCAUACACGUUU